CCCACCCUUCCCAUCAUGAAUUCGCUCGCUUUCCCUCGCGGUUGCUCCUCGCCACCACUGACGCGCCCCUCCACCUCCUCCCGCCCCACCGUCCCAUCGCAGGCCCGUAUAAAGAUUCGCCCUAGCUCGCCAAGAGCUGCCCACUGCCACCCCCGCGUCGCUAGGAAUCUCUCUCGGACCGUCGCCAUGGCCGCCGCCGCCGCCGCACCGGCUAGCUCUGCGAAGGAGGUGCUCCCCCCUUCCCUGACCUCUUCCUCGGAGCCCCCUGCCCUCUUCGAUGGCACCACCAGAUUGUACGUUGCGUAUCACUGCCCAUACGCGCAGCGCGCCUGGAUUGCCAGGAACUACAAGGGUUUGCAGGGUGAGAUCAAGAUUGUCGGGAUCGAUCUGGCAGACAGACCAGCUUGGUACAAGGAGAAGGUUUACCCAGAGAACAAGGUGCCUUCACUUGAGCACAACAAUCAGGUGAAAGGAGAGAGCUUGGAUUUGGUCAAGUACAUUGAAAGCAAUUUCGAAGGCCAGUCAUUGCUCCCUGAUGAUUCUGAGAAGAAGCAGUUCGCUGAGGAGUUGCUUGGGUAUACUGAUGCAUUCAACAAAGCUCUAUACUCAUCAAUAGUCGCCAAGGGAGAUGUGUCCGAUGAGACUGUUGCUGCUCUCGACAAAAUAGAAGCUGAUCUGGCAAAGUUCAACGAUGGCCCCUUCUUCCUUGGCCAGUUCAGUUUGGUGGACAUUGCAUAUGUCCCAUUUAUCGAAAGGUUUCAGAUCUUCUUUUCUGAUAUAAAGAACUACGAUAUCAUUAAGGACCGACCCAACCUUCAGAAAUUCAUUGAGGAAGUGAACAAGAUCGAUGCUUAUGUACAAACCAAACAGGACCCACAGUUUUUGCUUGAACACACAAAGAAGCGUCUCGGGAUUGCCUGAAGAUGUAACCAAGGAUGAACUGCCGGGGGAGGCAGGAAGCUGCUGCGGUAUAUUAUAGAUGAACUGAAGACUCGUGUGAUUAGUUGUCAUAUGGUUUAGCUUGAAUAAGAUUUGUAGGCUAUUCAGGCCAUACUUUAGAAAGAAAAAACUAUUCCAUGAUUGUGGUUUGGCUGUGCACCGAUAUUACUGUGGAUUUCCCGUCGUACCACUCUUAUGAUUAAUAACAUAUUGCUCGCAGUGUUGAGUAAUGAA